UCCAUCGUUUAGCAACUGCUAUUAUGAAAUUAGCAACUCAACAGUUGCCAAUUUUGUCGGCUGUGUGUAUAAAAGGCUGCUAUGAACGUGCAAACUCGCACUCGAAGUCAGCUGCGACACAACAGCGAUAAUCUCUGCGCGCGAACUGAUUUAUGAACACGGUGAAGCCUGAAAAGUUGCUCGAAAUUUGAACUGACUUCAUUUUUCGUGACUGACUGACCAUGCAGGCGUUUACGAGUCCCUACGUCUGCCCGUAUUUUACGUGCUCAUCCCCAUAUUGUCUUGCCUUGAGAAGUAACGCUGUAGCGCCGAGUUUAUCAGUGAACAGGCCACCCACAAGCCCAACAAGGCAGCCAGGCGGAAUUUCUUCCUUCACCAUUUCAUCGAUUUUGUCCCGUUCCGAGGAGCAGACGAGUAAGACCGCGAGAUCAGAAACAGGCGCAUCCAAGUCCUCAUCGGAAGGAGGCUUGAGUCAAUUUUCUCCUUACACUUCGCAGGUUUCAGUGGAGAGAUUUCAUCCAUAUCAUAGACCUUUGACAGCCAGCGCUUUUGUGAGAACAACUUGUAAUGCUUUACAAAAAGAAGGAGAUGCAAUUCUAUCAGUUGUUCACCAUGAAGAAAACAAAGCCUGGAAUUUCAAGCAAGGAAAGCCGAAGAGAAUUCGCACGAUUUUCACACCCGAACAACUUGAGCGACUGGAGAAAGAAUUUGAUCGUCAGCAGUACAUGGUGGGAGCCGAGAGACAUUAUCUUGCCGCCUCACUUAAUCUGACUGAAACACAAGUUAAGGUCUGGUUCCAAAACAGAAGAAUAAAAUGGAGGAAACAAAAGAUGGAUCGUCCGAGCUCGAGCUAAAAGGAAAGACUAAACAAAAAAUGAGCCGACAUAGUCCCUCAAAAACAAAGUCAUCAGGGCCCGAAGCACUUUAACCUGGCAACUUGUACAGAAAGAAGAAGACAAGCUGUCUAGUUGUAUAUAAUGGUGAUUUGAUUAUGAACAAUUUUAAACAAAUUAACCGAGAAAAAUGUACACAUUUCAAAUUUUUUGGAGCCAAACCAAAAGAUUUGGAGACAGAACCCUCACUUUUUCAUCGAACGCACUAAUUUUGCCUAUUCCAUAUACUGAAUAUAGAUACCUUGGAUAAGCAGUUAGCGGGUGUAAAAUUGUAAAUAAGAGCUUCGUACCCUCUAUAAGUACCUAUAACUACCUAAUGAAUAGAUAUUGACCCGACCCCUUUAUUGAGUUAUGACUCAAAAUCAGGUAAUCGUUACAAUGCGAGACAAUUUUAUUUAUCAAAUUUAAAAAAGGGGUUCAGCUGUACUAAAACUCACUCCUAUACACAGCCCCUCGUGUAAAGGUUUAAGUCGGCGAUAUAUUGUAAAUUUGAAAUUGUAUUCUACGAAUUAAUAUAUAUAUAUAUAGAGAGAGAGAGGUUUUUGUAAUGUUCAGAGUAUAUAAGGAGAGAAUACGCAUCAGUUUUUUUUUGCCAAAUUGGACACGGUUAUCUGCCUUGUUGUGAAAUGCACUAAUUUAUAAUCCAGCUGACCCUUCGUUGGCCUGCAAACUAGUUUUCUGGCUAAGAAAUUAAUUAAGUGCUUUGUGAGCCUUAACAAAUUAAAUCAAGAACUCUUCCGGCCGCAGUAAACACUGGAUUUGCGUCAUUAAGAGCCUUAAUUCGCUAGAGCAAAGCCACAUAAUAAAGAAUUAAAAGCAAUUACGACUUUCAAAAGAAGAUUUUGGCAACGGGAGCGUUGUGGAAAGAAUGCGACUUAAAAGAGCCCUAAAAACAAAGGUUUUUGUCAAGUUGGAAAUUUAAACUUAGUCUGACGGCGAUAAUGGUGAUUCACACUGGAACAAUAGGCUUUUAGCCGGGCUCCACAUGAUGUGCGCGUUAAUAAAGAACUGAUGAAACAAAAGGCUUCUGUAACCUCAUUAAAUUUUUAUUAUUUUACUUUGAAAUGCAAUAUCGUACUAAUGCUACCAUUAACUUCUAAAUUACCUCCACUGUUUGGCGUUAAAUGACUUACUUUAUUACAAAAAAUUGACAAAAAACAAAAAUUGGCUCGCUAAGCGACGAAAAUUCAGAAAAAUUUAGUCCCACAGUUAGCCGAGAAAAUCUGUCCAUGUAGACUGACGGGAAGGGAUGACUUUUGCGGUAAUUUUGCGUCUUUAAUCGGCUUUGUUUUGACACAUGACAAGCAAAGGUGGAAACAUCGUUGUCAGUGUUUUACAUCGUUUAGUUUUGUGCCAGUAUUCAGCAACUUUUUUUUAAUAGACUGCUUGAAGAUAGAAAAAAAUACUUCAAGCUGUUUAUGUUCCUUUUUGGUUGCAGAAUGCAGUUUCCGCUAUAAAAUCAAAUUUCAAUAUCCCAGCCACUUAUUCUUCAAGGCUUUUCUAUUCCCAUACUGUUUAUUGAAAUAGAUAUGGUAAUAUUCGUGCAAAGGUCUAUACCUUGAGAGCGCUAGGAUUUCAAUCGAAUUGGAAAUACAGACUUUUGAAAUUCCGAACGCUCGCUGACAGCCCGAGGGUGGGGGGAAGGGGAGGGAGUAUGUUCGGCCCUAAAGGGUAUGGUUUUUGAGCGGUUUUGGUUU